CUUAUGAUUCAAUAGUACCACUAGCACAUGUUCAGGCUUAUGUGUCACGUGUAUUUCUAAGCUCAUUUGUUAUUUCUGAGUCGUUUAAUUCUAUUGAAUUCAACAAAAUUAUUUAUGAAAUUCCAUAAAAAUAAAUAGAGAUAAUGGAAGUAUUAAAUGAACCUGUUCGACAAGAAUCAAUGAUAUUAUGUUGCAUCUGUGGUAUUGGUAUUGAACCAAAUCCAGCGAAUAUGUGUGUAGCAUGUUUACGAACUCAAGUAGAUGUCACUGAGAAUAUUCCAAAGCAAGCAACAAUUUAUUUUUGUAAAGGCUGCGAGAGGUAUCUACAGCCACCUGCGGAAUGGAUUCAUGCGGCAUUAGAAUCCAGAGAGUUACUAACAUUAUGUUUAAAAAAGCUGAAAGGUCUGAAUCGAGUGAAAUUAAUUGAUGCUGGAUUUGUCUGGACAGAACCACAUUCUAUGAGAUUGAAGGUAAAACUAACAGUGCAAGCUGAAGUUAUGGGUGGAACAGUCUUGCAACAAGUAUUUAUAGUUGAAUAUACGGUAAAUCAUCAAAUGUGUAAUGAUUGUCAUCGAACAGAAGCUAAAGAUUAUUGGCGUGCAUUGGUACAAGUACGACAAAGAGCAACAAAUAAAAAAACGUUUUAUUAUCUAGAGCAAUUAAUUUUGAAGUACAAAGCACAUGAACAAACUUUGGGCAUAAAACCUAUUCAUGAGGGUCUAGAUUUCUUUUAUGCAAAUGAAGCGUCAGCGCGCAAAAUGGUUGAUUUUCUUUCAAGCGUUAUACCUUGUCGCUAUGACCAUUCUAAAAAACUGAUAUCGCAUGAUAUUCACAGCAAUAUCUACAAUUAUAAAGUUACAUACAGUGUGGAAAUAGUUCCAAUAUCAAGAGAUAGCAUAGUGUGUCUUCCAAGAAAACUGAGCCAUCAACUCGGAGGGAUAAAUUCAAUUUGUUUAGUAUAUAAAAUUACAAAUUUUGUACAUUUAAUAGAUGUAUCAACUGGCCAAAUCGCAGAAUUAAGCGCUACACUUUACUGGAGACAUACUUUCAACAGCAUUUGUGACCCAAAGCAAUUAAUAGAAUACACAGUAAUGGAUAUUGAGCAAAUAAAAUUCAAGGAUAGAAAAUUUUUUCCUGGACAGGGAAGUAUUUCAAAUAAGCAUGUAAUAGCAGAUGUAUGGGUAGUUAGAAGUUGCGAUUUGGGACUAACUGAGAACUUAAUUCAUACGCGCACUCAUCUUGGCCAUAUAUUAAAACCUGGUGAUACUGUCCUAGGGUAUGCUCUUAAUGAGAGUAAUAUUAACGAUGAGAAUUUCGAAAUGUUAAAUAAAGACGUAGUACCGGACGUAAUUUUAACCAAAAAAAAUUAUACGCAAGAUAGAGCAGCACGUCGCAGAAUGAGAGCUUGGAAAUUAAAACAUAUGAUACAAGAUGAAGAUAAUAUGGUCACAGAUAAUAAUGACUACUAUGAGUUUUUGGAAGAUCUUGAAGAAGAUCCAGAAAUGAGACAACACAUAAAUAUUUACAAAGAUUCUAGGAAAUUAAUUCCAGUUGAUACUAAUGAGUUAUCUGAUACCAAUUGUCCACAAAUUACUCUUGAAGAAAUGCUUGACGAUCUCGUAUUUGAUGAUAUCGAAGUUUCUCAUGUUUUGUAACGGUACUUCGUAUACUAUUAAUUUGUUUUAACUUAUUCUAAUAGUGCUUCGUAUGUUUAAAGUGUUCAACAGAAUAGUUUAGACAUAAUUAUAAAUAACCCUAGGGGUUAUAAAACAUAAGAAUAUAAAAUAUAAUAGUAUU